AUGCCGAUCGGCCGCGUCCUCUGCGUCAUCAUCACGUCCGCGACCGGGCACGUCAUCAUCGAGCGGUUCUACGACCGGCUCGGGGAGAAGGACCAGAUGCGCUGGCGCGAGAGACUGAACGAGGCGUCGUCCUCCUCCGUCGGCGUCGGCGGGUCCGCGAAGCUCUCCGUGGACGAGUCCGACCGCGUCGCGGAGGCGUGCGGGACGUCGCGGCACGAGGACGAGUGCUUGGCGUGGAUCAGGGUCGGGAACGUGCGGUUCUACGCCGUCGGGUCGGGGGAAUACGACGAGCUCGCGCGUGCGUCCCUCCUCCCGAUCCCGCCUGACAAUCGCGAUUCCGUUUCGUUUUUCAAAACCGCGACCGCGACCGUCCUCGCCUCGCGCGACCAACCUCGCUCCCUUCGUCCUCUCCUCGCAGUCGCGGAGGUGUUACAAGCGCUCGUGACGUCCACGAAGGGCACGGUGAAGAAAGGCGGCCUGGACGACGAGCGUCUCUUCGCGCAAUACGGGAUGCUGUGCCUCGCACUGGACGAGAUCGUCAGCGACGGCGUCGUCGACGCGAUCGACUGGGACACCGCGCGACGAGGGACGAAGCUCAAGAUGAGCGAGACGCACGAGUAG